AUGAAACCACUGAGUGUUUGUCUCGUGUUGACCUCUUGCAUCCUCUGGGGCUCACUGAGUGUGGAGAUUAGGGAUGGAGAAAGGAGCUAUCCCCUAGAGGCUGUGAAAGCGUUGAAGGAGCUGAUCGACACAGAUGCCAUGGUUAACCCGCGGUUGAUCAACACCAACAUGGUCUCUGUCUGUAACAACCGUGUCUUGCCACAGGCCUUCUAUCCAGUGUGCCAGGGCAAAGAGGCAGCCAUGGUCUUCUCCAGGCUAGUGGAUGCCAUCACGUCUCCAGAUCUGUGUGAGAUCUGUGCCCACCCCGCCUGCUUUGGGUGUCUACCGUAA